AUGAGAACCCCCCGUCGUUGCCGCGUGCGACAGAAGGCCGGUCGGACCCUUUCGUCGUUGGAAUAUACUGUGGUAUGCAAAAAACCCAAUGAUGCUCACCAGCUGAUAUCUGACACGGUCGCUGAGUCGACAGAGGCCUUGGCGAACGGUGUCUCUGGGGUUUACAACACUCACACCUUCCGUCUUCAGUGCAUUAUUUGCGACAGUCCUGCUAGGGCCUUCCUGAAGCAAGUGAAGGGACAUGCAGGAUAUUAUAGCUGUGAUUAUUGUACACAAAAUGGUGUGCACAUUGGCACACGUAUGACUUUUCCCUCGUUGACAGCUCCCUUGCGUCGUGACUAUGAUUUCCGGACCAGGAAGCAAGAGAAGCACCAUACAGGUUCAAGUCCGAUGGAGGAUUUAAAUUUUCCCAUGAUUGGCGUGAGGAAAUUUCUCAUCUUACUCAGAGCUAUGCCAAUUGGGCACAAAGCCAGACUUUCUCUGGAGUCCUGGAAUCUGCUGAAUGAUAACAUUGAGCAACGGAGUUUGGCUCUGAGUGUUGAUUUCCCCCGAAAAUGUCGAGGUGUCGUAGACCUGGAUCGAUGGAAGGCAUCUGAGCUACGACAGUUUCUUCUGUACAUAGGACCCGUUGUUUUACGAGAUAUCUUACAUCCUGACGUUCCUGUGUCAAAACUCGCUGCUAUUUCUGGUCCCAGCCAUUUAGUCUACAACAUACACCUCUUCUCCCAUUUAUUCAAUUUCGUCAAGCUUUAUGGUUGCCUGGAUCAUUUUUCCUGUUUUCCCUAUGAAUCGGGGCUGGGGCAUUUGAAGCAUUACAUACAUGGGCCAAAACUACCAGCUGUUCAGCUUUACUGCCGACUGGCCGAGCGUGUGGGAUUGGAUGCUGUCAAAAGGAAGCCAUUUUUGGAUGAUGUUGGUUUGCGACUGAGGCCAUCAGCCACUGCCGAACGUCACAGGUUUAUUCAUAGGGAUGCCGUUUUUUGA